AUGACGCCACCCCAUUCCAACCAUCCGCCCCCGUCGGCCGCUCCGAGCCGCUGUACACCUGUACUGAUCGAGGCAUCCGGCAUUGGUGAAGAGGACGUGGGCAAGACGGUGCAGAGUCUAUCGAUGGGCAAGCCGACGCAGCGCAUCCUCGUCCGCCAACCCGGCCGUCUUCUCGAUCGACGUGACCAAUUCUUCGUCAACGACGCUUUCACGUCGAAGCUCUUCCGUAUCAAGAUUGCCUCGAUCGUCGACCCGAAGGCCAACAGCGCGGCGGCCCGACCCGGCAAAACCGUCGAGCCCGAGCUGCCCGAUCAGUUGACCGACGACCGGAAGCACGAGGUGGAGUGCGCGGUGGUGCGCGUGAUGAAGGCCCGGAAGACGCUUGACCACUCUUCCCUCGUCAUGCAGGUGGCCGAGCAGGUGGCGAAGCGCUUCAUCCCCACGCCGGCCCUCAUCAAGCCGCGCAUCGAGGCCCUGAUCGAGAGGGACUACUUGGUGCGCGACAACAAAGAUCCCAGGAUAUACAGCUAUGUGUUG